UCUUUAUCUUUUCCUCAUCAUACGAAUAGCAUCAAAAGGGACAUAACAGCUAGUGUCUCUGUAAUAGCAGGCCCAAAAAGCAUCCUUUACUUUCCUUCACUCCCACCCAUUUUGCACCAUAAAAACAAAAGACAAACAUUUUUGUUCAGUAUCCUAGACUGAUAACCGAAGAUCAGUGAUCACUACUAUGUCCCAUCCCAUCUUAUUUCUCACUUUACCUCUUUUUAUAUUCCAAAUGUCCAUGCUUAUGUCACUCUCUCACCCACAUUCAAAUUCCUUUACCCUCUUAUAAAACCUUAAUCUUAUAUUUUUUUAUUCCAUUCCAACAUUCCUCCCAAACCAAAACUGUUGUUCCUUUCUUAAAUGGCAACAAAUGUUGUCCAAGAAAAACAUAACCAAUCACAAGAGGAAGAUGAAACAUUGUCUCUUUCUGAUCUUCCACUAUCUCUAAACAACCCAUGUAAAGAACAACACUCCGAAAUCAAUGAAACAACACAAGAAGAAUUCAAUUUCCGUUCAUGGGUUGGUCUCUUUUCAACCGAACCAAAAAUGUGUGUAGCAGAUGAAGUUUUCUUCCAAGGACAAAUCCUCCCAUCGUCACGUCUCUCGUUCAGCACAGAAGCUGGCUUAUCAUCCAAUGACCACGGUAAGCAGUUCAAAUCAAAGCAAGAAUCUUUGAGCUUUAACAACGGUUGUUUCAAUGAGUUUCGUAGCAAUAGUAGUACAAGUCAAAACUCAACCACAUCAAGUAGCACUAGUUCAACAACAACAACGACAACUCCAAUAGUAUCAAUUACAAAAACCAAAGUUAGAAACCAGUUUCACACACAUCCAAGUCCAAAGCCACAGUUAAAAUCAUCAUGUCCACGAAAGUCAAUAGCUCAAAGUAGAAAGUCAUCACUUUGGGAAAUUUUCCGUUUAGGUGUGGUCCCUACACCAGAAAUAGGACUGGAAGACCUAAAGGUUCGUAGCAGUAAUCAUAGAAACUGUGUAAGUCGCAACAGUAGUAGUAGUAGCAACAGCAAUAGUACUAAAAAUGGCCAAAUGAGUAAGAAGAAGAACGAUCAUGAAGGAAAGAGCAAUCAUGUUUUGAAACACUUAGUUGGUAAACGAGGUGGUUUGUUGAGUGGUUGUGAUUGUUCUUUUGAAACGGUGGUGAUCAAUGGUAGUGGUGUUAAAAGUGAUUACAAGACAGAAAGUACUAAGAAGCACGCGGUUAAAGAAAAAGUGAUGGAGUGGAAGAAACAAAAGCAAAGGCAAAAGCAAGGUAAAAAGGUUAUGUCACGUCGUAGAACCUUUGAGUGGCUUAAAGAAUUGCAUGCAAAUCAUCUUGAUGAAGAGGCUUUAUUGUCAAACUCGUCAUGAAUCAUAGGGAUGUCGUGUUCGUGUAAUCUGAAUCAUCUGAUCAUAACUCUAACGAUCCUUGAAUCCCUAUGACACUACGAUGAUGACACUGAUAGGUCAAAUUCGCCGUGAAUUAGAAAUAUAGAAUGCUUAUAGUUUAUUUUAGAUUUUUAGAUUAGAUUGCCUUUUGGGUUGUUACUUUUAGUUUACCUUUAAUUUGAAUUUAAUUAUAAUAUUGUAGUAGUGCAGGCUAAUCAAUCAAAAUUUGUUUAUUUUCUCGUGA